ACCAGCAGACCCCAAACACAGUCUCGCCAGCUGCUGCUGCUCCUGGCACAUCGGCACUGCCCUGGCCGUGUGACCCUCUUGCUUCUCUGCCUGUCGCAUCAACAUCGCAUCAGCAUCGCCUCAGCAUCGCAUUUCGCCAUGAGCACCCUCAAUGUCGUCUACCAGUCUGUGGGCUGCUACCAAGACGCAGCCCAGCUCCUGUCGGUCAGCUUCGGCCUGCUCUCCCAGAUGCAGGCCCAGUUCCCCUCGGCCACCUCGUCCAUCCAGGCCUGUGUGUCGGCCUGCGAUGCUCACUCGGUUCUGCUGUGUGCCAUCUCGGGAUCGCCGUUCGGCACUCUCUGCGUCGGAUCCAGGGAUCUCCCUUCCGCAGACUCCUGGAAGACCUUUACCAAGGCAAGCUCGCCCUCUGUCUGUAACACUGCCUGUCCUGUUCCAAACGGAUGCGGCGGCAGCCAGAACUCAGUCGACUGGUCGUCGCUCUAUCUCGUCGGCGCCGGCAACACAUCGAUGGUCAUCCCAGACACCUCGUCCAGAGCAGUUGCACCCGUCGAAGCCCAGAAAAAGUUCAACCAGACAACGUUCACCGACGUAGGCUGCUACAAUGUCGACUACAGCAGCAACAGCUCGUCGAUCGACAUGAUCAUCGGUGACACCACCCCCGAGGACUGUUUGGCCCUAUGUCUUGACAGCAACUACUACGCAUGCGGCAUCGCAGCCGGCAACCGCUACUGCUACUCGUUCUCGCAAGCCCACUUCAACGGUCUGGCAAAGCUGUCUUCUUCAAGCUGCAAUGCUCCCUGUCGGCGGUCCCCGCACACUUCGUUCAUCCAUGGCUGUGGCGGCAUCGCUGUCGAUCAAGUCAUGAUGGAUGUGUAUCUCCAAGGCAAUGUCUCGCUUUCCAGCGCGCCUCCCACACCCACAGCUGCAAUCUCGCCGACGCCGACACAACCAGCCACCGCUCCCGGACCAAGCCCUUCUGGAGCCUCACCUGCAUGGCCCCUCAUUCUCGGCGUCUCCCUCGCUGCUGCUGCCGUCAUUGCCGGCGUGUCGCUUGUCGUUUAUCGCCGACGCCGAAAGUCAGCCAACACGAUCGGCAGAGUAGUGAGCGACACCGAAUCGACCCGAGGCCUCACCACGCAAGGCUCGGUCGAAUCAAUCCAGCUUCCCGACAUUGCGUACGAGUCGCAGACCCUGCGUCGCGAGAUUGUACGAUCAGCCCUCGACAAGGAGGAUGUGCCUGCCGACAUCCAUCCGCCUGAGCGCGAAGACUGGUGGCAAAAGAUCGAUGUGGCUCUGCGCAGAACCAAGAGCGUCACCAGCCGCCCCGGCUCGCCUGCCAACUUUGUGGCAUCCAAGGGUCGCCAGAGCACCGUCUCUUCGACCUCGGGCUCCAGGCUCUUUGGCUUCACCAACUGGAGCCAAGCCGGCUCCGAUGUGCCUGAUGUGCCCCGGCUCCCCACCCCUCUGCCGGGAGAUCGAGGCAACCAACCUGGUCGCCAAGGCUCGCCAGCGCCGGAGAGGCCGCAGUGAAGAGCGAGAGUGCGUCUGCUAUGUAUGGCCCGAGCUCUAGACCGGCUCGCAUGCAUGCCACAAGCACCCGGGCAUCUCCAGACCGCUCCCAUGAACUGUGCGAAUGCCUCUGCCUUGCGCACCAUACCCUCAGUUCCGCGGACCCAAUGGCCCCCAGGCUUUCCAGGCACGACUCGUUCGUGGGAUGGUCCUCUUGGAUGUGCCUGUCUUUAUUCUGUCUUGUUUUCCGUUUUGAUUCCAUCCCUCACACUCCCUCGUCGCCAACCUGUCUGUACCGCCGCAAUUGCGCUUCGGUCUCCUGAUCUUUCUGUGCAUUGUCUAUCAGUGCAACUCUGGCUGGGGCUGUUGGUCCAGCCCAGCCCAGGGCCUUGAUUGCACCCAUCUUUGAAUCUCGACUGCUCCUCCCCUCUUUGCCAUGUGUCUGGCGCCCUGUCUCGUGGCCCAAGUCGGAUCUAACAAAUUGAAAUAGAACAUCUAUAUCUCUGGG